AUGGACUUUAAGAACGUGGCACCUACAUUGGAAGAGAAGCAAUCGCUGCUGUUGGUCACCUUUUUCCAAAACAAGAAUGAAUUCAAUCGGAACGAGACACACACGACAUCUACGCCGCAGCCGACCAGUAACUCGGAAAUCAUCGAUCGUCUGAAUUCAAUUUCAUCUGACGUUGAGAACUUGAAACAGUUGUUCUAUGACUUUUCAAAGUGGGUUAUGGCUGAUCUAGAGCUACUCAAGAAUACAUUCAUUAUUUCUACAAGAAAUGAUGGAAAAAACACUGAAGACACCACUGAUGCAUUUGGAUUAGAAACAUAUAAUAUCAAGGGGAACGUGCAUUCAUCGUCGAUAAAGGAUAAGUCUGGGCACGAGAAUGUUGUUACCGCAUUUAGAACGAAAUCAGAAGCUCUCCAGAAACGUGCAGAAGAUAAAUCUGGGCACGAGAAUGUCGUCACCGCAUUUAGAACGAAAUCAGAAGCUUUGCAGAAACGUGCAGAAGAUAAAUCCGGCCAGGAGACUGUUGUUAAGUCCGGGCAGGAGAAUGUUGUUACCGCUAUUAGAACGACAUCAGUAACUCUCCAAAAACGUGCAGAAGAUAAAUCCGGGCAGGAGACUGUUGUUAAGUCCGGGCACGAGACUGUUGUUACCGCUAUUAGCACGAAAUCAGAAGCUCUCCAAACACGUGCAGAAGAUAAAGCUAUUGUAGAAAGCCGGGAUCACGCUAUUAUCAGCCCGGCGGAAGAUGAUGACCCUUUUUCACCAAUCAACACUCAAAUUCUAGUUGAGGUGCGGAUCAAAGAAAUGUAG